CCCCGCGCGACGUGGACGUCUCUGGGGCGGCCGCGCCGCUGCUCACCCGGAAGCGGAAGCCGAAGCCAAACCCACCGCGCCAAGAUGGCGCCCCCUGCGCCGCUGCUGGCAGUGAGAGGAUCAGAAGGGCUUUAUAUGGUGAAUGGGCCACCUAGUUUCACAGAGAGCACAACCUUUCAAAGGGACUCUGGAAAAAAUUGCAAAGCUGUUGCUUUUAGCAAGGACGGUUCCCUCUUCGGCUGGUGCAAUGGAGAAAAAGUAAAUGUUGUUAAUGUCACCAGUGCUGAGUUACUGUGUUCCUUUGAUCUUCCAAAGGCAGUUUGCCUGCAAUUCUCACCAAAGAACAAUGUUCUGGCAACGUGGCAGGCCUAUACAACUGCUAAAGAUGGCACAGCAGGAGUGCCCAACCUACAACUUCAUGAUGUGAAAACUGGAAAGUGUUUAAAAUCUUUCAUCCAGAAAAAGAUGCAGAACUGGUGUCCUUGCUGGGCAGAUGAUGAAAGCAUUUGUGCCAGGAAUGUAAACAAUGAAGUUCACUUCUUUGAAAACAACAACUUCAACACUAUUGCAAAUAAACUGCAUUUGCAAAAGGUUAACGAUUUCACGUUAUCCCCAGGAGCGCAGCCAACCAAGGUUGCAGUAUACGUUCCAGGCAGUAAAGGUGCACCAUCAUUCGUUAGACUGUACCAGUACCCCAACUUUGGUGGCCCACAGUCUGCACUGGCCAAUAAGAGCUUCUUUAAAGCUGACAAGGUGACAAUGCUAUGGAACAAAAAAGCCACUGCUGUGCUAGUAAUAGCUAGUACAGAAGUUGAUAAAACAGGUGCUUCAUACUAUGGGGAGCAAACUCUGCACUACAUUGCAACAAAUGGAGAGAGUGCGGUUGUGCAAUUGCCAAAAAAUGGUCCUAUUUAUGAUGUUGUUUGGAACCCCAAUUCUGUUGAGUUUUGUGCUGUGUAUGGUUUUAUGCCUGCCAAAGCAACAGUUUUUAAUCUGAAAUGUGACCCUGUGUUUGAUUUUGGAACCGGUCCUCGCAAUGCUGCCUACUACAGCCCCCAUGGACACAUCCUAGUGCUAGCAGGAUUUGGGAAUCUCAGGGGACAGAUGGAAGUGUGGGACGUUAAAAACUACAAACUCAUUUCCAAACCAGUAGCCUCGGAUUCCACGUACUUUGCUUGGUGUCCUGACGGGGAACAUAUUGUAACAGCGACAUGUGCUCCCAGGCUGCGCGUCAGUAAUGGGUACAAGAUAUGGCACUACACUGGCUCUCUAUUACACAACUACGAAGUUCCAUCAAAUGAAGAAAUGUGGCAAGUUUCCUGGCAGCCCUUCUUGGAUGGGGUGUUCCCAGCGAAAGCAGUAAAAUACCAGGCGGUUCCUAGCGAAUUGCCCAGUGCUGAGCCAAAGCCUGCCCAAGCGUACAGGCCUCCAGCCCUGAGAAACAAACCUGUAACAAGUUCCAAGCUCCAUGAGGAUGAGCCACCUCAGAACAUGAAACCACAGUCAGGAAGCAGCGAUAAGCCACUCUCUAAAACAGCUCUCAAAAAUCAAAGGAAACAUGAAGCCAAGAAAGCUGCUAAACAGUCUAUUUGUCUACAGGAGGCCAAAGCUGAUGCAAACCACGAUUCUACACAGUCCUCAGCAUCACAGAAUGCACCACGGAGUGUUGUGCCUGCCGUUACAUCAGGAGAUCCUGAAGUUGACAAGAAGAUAAAGAAUUUAAAAAAGAAACUAAAGGCAAUUGAGCAGCUGAAAGAACAAGCAGCUGCUGGCAAACAGCUAGAGAAGAAUCAGUUGGAGAAGAUUCAGAAAGAAACUGCUCUCCUUCAGGAACUGGAAGACCUAGAACUGGGCCUUUAAAACUUCAUGGAAAUUCAGUGAGGUGUUAACAUGAUGUUCAUGCAAAAUUUAACUUGUAUUAACUUGAACGCAUAAAAUGUUUCAGUAAAUGACUGAGGAUGCAAAAGUCCACAGAUUUGUUGCACACUUGCCUUUUACAAAGCUUUCCUAAAGAUUUGUGCACAGGUGAAACUGUACAUGAGUAACAAAUACCGUAUCAGCCAGUUCUGCUGUUGUUCAAACCAGAAACAUGAUUAUGUUCUCAAAGCCUAAAAAACCUAGAAGCAGCCUGUUAGUUUCUUUUCCUUGUCUGGGUGUGAGGAGAGAAAGUGAUGAGAGGUUUACCCAUUUGAUAGCUUUAUUAUAUUUAAAAAGAUGUGAUCUUUAUGCAAUAAUGGGAUGUAGAUAAAAAUAAAGAGCAUUUAAUAAUAAAAGUACGUAUGUUUUGCUA